AUGCUCCUCCUCGGCCUCACCGGCUCCAUCGCAACUGGCAAAUCCACCGUUUCCUCCCUUCUCUCCUCCGCACCCUACAACCUCCCCAUCAUCGACGCCGACCUCCUCGCCCGCAAAGUCGUCGAGCCCGGAACCCCAGGCUAUGCCUCUAUUCUCAAACACUUCGGCCCCAGUACGCCCGACCUUCUCGAAGCGCCCAAUAAUUCCAAUGGUGGCGAGAACGGACCGAGCGGCAAAGGCCGUCCGCUGAAUAGACCAGCGCUCGGAAAGAGGGUCUUUGGGACGAGUGAAGAGGCGCAGAGGCUGAGAAAGGUACUAGGCGGCAUCGUGCAUCCAGCGGUGCGUAGAGAGAUGUAUAAGGAGCUGCUAAGUGCGUAUUUGCGCGGAUGCUGGGCGGUGGUACUGGAUGUGCCACUGCUGUUCGAAAGUGGGUGGGAGCGGUAUUGCGGGUGUAUACUUGUUGUCGCAGUGCGGGAUCCGGCGAUACAGAUGAAGAGGCUACGCGAUAGAGAUCCGCAUUUGAGUGCCGAAGAUGCGGAGAAUCGCGUUGUGAGCCAGGGGGAUGUGAGGGAGAAGGCGGAGAGGGUGAUGCGCAGGGGUAAGGGGUGGGGUGAGGUCGUGUGGAAUGAUGGUGACCGUGAGGAGCUGAAGAGGGAGGUUGAGAGGGUUAUGAGAGAUGUAAGAGUUAGGAGCCCGGCUUGGUGGGGAUGGGUGUUGUUGCUUUGUCCGCCAGUGACGGUGGCGGUUGGGCUGUAUAGCUUUCUGAGGAGUUGGAGAAUACAGAAGCAAUGGGAGGGGGAGAAGAGAUCUGAGAAGGCGAAAUUAUGA